CAGGAAUGAAUUGUACACAUAACCCCGCUGAUGAUUUUUCAAAACAGCUCACAGAACGUGGACGGCCAUCAUGUCACGAUGUUGAGGGCUUGUUAUUCAGUUUUCCUCCAAAAGAUUCAGCCUCCUUGAUCGCUCAAGCUAAAGUUGACAUCGACCGAAAUACUAUGAACUUAACACUCGCAAAAUGCAGCGUCGUUGUAGUCGGCCAGUCGAACACAGAACAAGUAAGCCGUAGCUUUUGCUGCAACGACGGCGGGCUUCAAUGUGAUAGCAGCCCCAAGGAAGGCAACUGUGGCGAGACACAAAGGGGUAAAACUGAGAGCCCAGUACAAGCGUUCGAUGAAUUACAAGGCUGCAAAGUUCUAACCUCAGUUCACGGCAUCGAGCCGCAGUUGCCAAUUAUAAAAAUAACAGGAUAUCUCAACGGAAAACAAUGCGAGAAAAUCAUGGAGCACCUUGUAGGUUUACAAGACAAUGGACGGUUUGAGGAACACGAUCGUUUGGUUACUCCGUUCAUGAUACAUUUUAAGCGGGAAGGCAACAUUGACAUGCAAAUGGCAAUGAUGAUAGAACGCGCAGUGGCUUUUUCUUACCAGGAAAAAUUCUUAAAGAAAAGCAAGCAGCUGUUCUCUUUGGCGAUAAAACUUGGCUCUACCUCCAAGCUUCGCAAUCCAAAUGUUUUAUUAGCGCGAGCCUACCAUGGGUUCGUGCAGGCCUGUAGAUAUAAAAAUAGCAAAAAACUUCCGCUUCUCCUCGAGUGUCUCGAAAGAGGCGAAUCCUUGCUGCAAAACCACGAGUCUCCGGAGGAUUUGGCUAAUAUUUAUUACAACUAUGGUUCAGUUUAUUUGAUGCAUAUGAGUACAAUUCCGGAUGACGAGAGAAAUGCGGAAGCACGAAACAAAUACCAGAGGAUGGUAAAAAAAUACUUCGAAAACACAAUUGAAGCGGGCAAGAAGGAUCCCAGAGAGAGAGUGCGAGUUAAGAAGCAAAUAUAUGGGCACCUUCGAGUGGCAGCUCUUUUACUCGAUUGUACAUCAACUGUGGCACGAACUCGAAUAAAAGUCAUUCCCCCGCAAGAUAUUGCAGAGGCAGUAAAACAUCUCGAUAUUUUGGAGCACCAACUAGCUGAUGUUAUUCCUCCAGGAACGCGAUUGCAGAUUUUGAAAAUCCGCGCUGAUCAGUAUUAUCGACAGGGAAGGGCAAUGUACCCACUAGCCAAGAAAACCGCCGAAGAGGCAUUGGAAAUUGCUCAGCAUCAUGAAUUCACCACUGCGCUGUCUUCGCUUGAAGAGCGCAUCGAUUUCCUUGACCAGCUGUGCCACGAUAUUCCACACAGAGAAAAUGUAAAGUCUCCUUUUGGCAACGAGUCUGAAGCCUCCAGCAAUGAUGGCAGCGGUGAAACAAGCGUCAGUGAAACGGAACAGAAAUGUUCAAGUAGAAAAGACUAACCUUAUGUCAAGGCGAAAGGCGGU